UUUAAAUACAAAUUAUUCAUUAUUAUUUUAAUACAAAAUUAAUAUUUAUUUUUUUCUUUGAAAUAUUUUACUCCCUCCGUCCCUGAGUGUUUGUCCACUUUCAUUUUUGCACACCAUCCAAUGCACUUCUUUAAUCCAUUUUAUCUUGUAAUUUGUAUAAUAAAAAAUUAUAAAAAUUAUAUAUUAAUAAUCUAUAUGUUAAGACGAAUCAAACAAGAUCACACAUGACUAUUUUUAGACUUACACAUUGAGAGAAUUUGAUAAGCCAAAAUGUUUAGAUGAACAUUCUACUGAGGUAACGAAGGACUCGCUUCAUGGCCGUGAGAUGGGCGUCACAGGGUGCAUGAAGAUGGAGGCAAAGCUGCUGAACGGCAUAUGUGAUAUUGGGGCGAGUAAAGGACAGAAGGAUAAUAGUUAUACACCGUCUUGUGUUGUAGAAGGUAUUGAUGAGAUGAACGUCUUUUUCAUAAUCUGGGGGCCCCAACUUGCACGUUGUUGUGUGGAGGUUGAUAUCUCUCACUUGCCUCCUGCAAAGAUUCACGUCCAACAUGGGGAGGAGGAUAUGUUCCUUGACUUCUACUAUGAAAACGUACCUUCUUAUUGCAUGGAUUGUGGGAAGAUUGGUCAUCCAAAGGAGAGGUGCCCACUAGGGAAAAACAGGCAAGAUGCAAGGCCUAAGGAUGUGAAGACAGAUACUGCAUGGCAAGUGGUUACUCGUAAGAAAGGGAAGACCAAGAUGGCCAAGAAGCCAGAAAUGGUUUGGAAAGCAAAACCUUAUCAAACUUCCAUGCAACUUGUGCAGUGGUUUGAAGGUCCGGGUGAGUCUUCUAGGGUGAGAGAAAAUAGUGUGGUUGCGGACUCCCAUGUUCAGCUUCUACUCCCAGAGGGAAUUUUUACUAUCUCUGAUCCCACUCUAUUGACUGCCUUCACGAUGCACAAACUUUUCUCUCCCACACCUUUGGAGGUUAAAGAAGACUGCAUGGCAAUUAUUCCUUAUGAGGACUGUUUAGAGGAACUCCUAGAAGAUGCAGAACCAGAUGUGGGUUUCUAUAUGGAUGGGGGUGAUAUUGAUUCAGUUUGCCAUUAUCUUGAAGAAUUUCCUUCUUUGGAUAGCCCCUCUCCAGAUCUGGUUGUAUCUUCUAAGCUUUCUAAAAGCUCAAAACCAAGGGAGCGUAGCCAUGCAAUGGAUGAUUACCUCUCCCUCCACACUGUUAUUGAAGAGUCUCAGAUCCUUACUUGUGGAUUCAAGCAUGCUGCUUCCUCUCCAUCUAUUUGGAUUUCAAGCGUGUAUGGUUUGCAUACCAGAUCUGAUAGAGAGGAUCUCUGGCUAUCUCUUAGAACUCUUUUUCCUAGGUCUGGUCCUUGGAUUGUUGGGGGUGACUUUAACACUGUUGCCUCUCUCUCAGAACACAAAGGUGUUGUUUGUCCAGAUCUUGGAGGAAUAGGGGAUUUUGCUCAGGUCAUCUCUGAGUGUGAGCUUGUGGCUCCUCCCUUUCUUGAGAGUGAAUUCACUUGGACUGUAAUUGAGAUCAGACAUCUUGGACAAGGACUUUCAGAUCAUAGGCCCCUUCUUUUCAAAUCACUUUCCCAUCAUGUGGUGGGCCCUAAACCUUUCAGAUUUCUGAAUGUAUGUUGUUCACAUACUUCCUUUAAGGACCUUGUUGCUAGCUCCUGGGGACAGAGUUUUCAAGGAGGGGGUAUGAGGGGUCUGGCUUUUAAAUUGGCUGCUCUGAAGAGGGCACUUCUUCAGUGGAACAAAGAGGUUUGGGACAUUAUUAAGGUGUAUGUCUAUAAAGCUGUGCAGGAGUUCUUUUUGGGUAUCCCUUUGCCUACGGUUUUUGGGAGUACUUUGAUCACCCUUAUUCCAAAACUUGAGGGUGCUAUAACUCUGGAUCAGUUUAGGCCCAUUUCUCUCUCUACUUUUUUCAACAAGAUCCUUUCCAGGAUACUCAAUGAUAGACUGAAGAGAGUCCUUCCCACUCUUAUCUCCCCAGAGCAGGUUGCUUUUCAGCAAGGAAAAAGUAUUAAUGAACAUGUUUUGAUGGUUAAAGAGAUGGUGCAUUUGCUAUCUGCAAAUACCAGAGGUGGAAAUUGUAUCACCAAGCUUGAUCUGUCUAAGGCUUUUGACAACAUAUCUUGGAGUUAUUUGGAGCAGCCCAAGGGUUUUUUCCCCGUGCAGUGUGGUGUUAAGCAGGGUGAUCCCUUGUCACCUCUUUUGUUCAUUCUAGCUAUGGAAGGGUUUACCAGUUACUUUAAUCAUCUUGCUAACACUGGAAGGAUCAGCUGUUUCUCAUCUGGCAAGACAGUGGCCCCAAGUCAUUUGUUGUAUGCUGAUGAUAUAUUCAUUUUCACUAGAGCUGAUUGUAGGAAUCUCUUGAGGUUAAAGGCAGCUCUUUCCUCUUUUGGGAUGGCAUUUGGUCAGGCUAUUAACUUUAAUAAAAGUCAGGUGAUUGUUCAUGACAAGAUGAGGCAGGAGCAUAGGGCUAAGAUUAAAAGUAUACUUGGCAUUAGAUGUACCCCCAGAGAGUUUACUUAUCUGGGGUCUACUGUUGUGAGAGGAAAGUUGAGGAAAGCUCACUGCCAAGCAUUGAUCCAGAAGUUUGAGAGAAGAAUUGCAGCCUGGUAUAGUAGGAAGCUUAAUCAGAUGGGGAGGCUUAUUUUGAUUAAGCAUGUUCUCUCUUCUAUUCCUUUGCAUAUCUUGGCGGUUCAGGAACUACCUAAGUCUGUCAUUAAGUGUCUUCAUAGGAUGAUGACUAAUUUUUUCUGGGGGGCUAAGGAUGAGGGCCAAAAGUAUCAUUGGAGGAAAUGGGAAAAGCUAUGUUUCCCCUUGCACGAGGGUGGAUUAGGGGUAAGGGAUCUUGGCCAUUGUCAAAGGGCAGCUGCCAUGGAUCUAUGGUGGAAGGUUCAGGCAGGGCUGUAUGGGCUGAUGGAGCAUACUCUUUUGGCAAGGGAGAUCUCUGGUCUUUGGAAAGCUUAUGCAGCUGCUGCCAAGGCUCCCUUCUCAGCUGCCCCUCUCUCUUUGCAGCAGAUGCUGUUAAGUUGGUGGUUUUCUUCUAACAAGAAGAGCAUUUUGGGCAAUGUGAGAUUUGUUCUUCCUGGGCUGCUGAUCUGGAACAUUUGGAAGGCAUACAACUCCUACAUAUUGGCUCAGGCUAGGUUUUCGAAGCAGAAUAUUAUGGCAGCUACAAAUCAGAUCCUCCAACAAUGGUUUUGGGCUAAGCAUUUGGAUACUUCUUUGUUAUAUAAAUCACAGCUUUUUAGCUUGGGUAUUUUCAGAUUUUCUAGGCAUGCGUGAUGUAUUUUGGACCUUGCAGCUCUAUUGAAUUUU